AUAUCCUGUAUUUGUGAUGUAAAGGAACUUGCAUCCCUAAUUCAACCUCUCCCUCUCCCUCCCUCUCUCUCUCUCUCUCUCUCUCUCUCUCUCUCUCUCUCUCUCUCUCUCUCUCUCUCUCUCUCUCUCUCUCUCUCUCUCUCUCUCUCUCUCCGCCAACCAGUGAACAGCCUUGGCAUAAGCGACGACCUGAAGCAGAAGCUACAAGACGUCAUGGUGGACCGUCACAAACUCACCCUGGGAAAGACCCUGGGGGAAGGAGAGUUUGGUUCGGUGAUGGAGGGUCUGUUAACCCAGGAGGAGUCGGUCCUCAAGGUCGCUGUGAAGACCAUGAAGAUCGCCAUCUGCACACGCUCUGAGAUGGAGGACUUCCUGCGCGAGGCCGCCUGCAUGAAGGAGUUUGACCACCCCAACGUCAUGAGACUGCUAGGUGUGUGUCUGCAGACGGUGGAGAGUGAGGGCUACCCCUCCCCGGUGGUCAUCCUGCCCUACAUGAAGCACGGGGACCUCCACAGCUACCUGCUCUACUCACGGCUGGGAGACACCCCCGUGUACCUUCCCUCCCAGAUGCUGGUAAAGUUCAUGACCGACAUCGCGCGGGGAAUGGAGUACCUCAGCAACAAGAACUUCAUCCACCGUGACCUCGCUGCUCGUAACUGCAUGCUGAAUGAGAACAUGAACGUGUGUGUGGCCGACUUCGGUCUGUCCAAGAAGAUCUACAACGGAGAUUACUAUCGCCAGGGCCGCAUCUCAAAAAUGCCCGUCAAGUGGAUCGCCAUCGAGAGCCUGGCCGACCGCGUCUACACCACCAAGAGCGAUGUGUGGUCGUUCGGUGUCACCAUGUGGGAGAUCGCCACUCGCGGCCAGACGCCGUACCCGGGCGUGGAGAACAGUGAGAUCUACGACUACCUGAGGCAGGGGAACCGCCUCAAGCAGCCCCCCGACUGCCUGGACAGCAUCUACUCCCUGAUGUUCUCCUGCUGGCUGCUGAGCCCCAAGGACCGGCCCAGCUUUGAGGAAAUGCGCUGGGAGAUGGAGAAGGCCCUGGACGACCUGCCGGACCCCCAGGACCCCGACGAGAUCCUCUACGUCAACAUGGACGAGUCCUCGUUGGAGCUGGGGGCGGUCGGGGGCCGCGACCCCGCGGGGGGCGGCGUCGGCGGGGGUCCUCUGGGCCUGAAGGGCCUGGACUCGGUGACCACGGUGGAGGUGCACCACAACAACCGCUACGUGCUGUGCCCGCAGCACGAGCCCGUCCGCGGCCUCGCAGACUCCCUGGAGAGCCUGGACAUGGGCGUGUCCUCGUCCAGCGCCACCCUCCCCUACAACACGUCCUGCCGGCCCACGCCCAGCCCGCCCACCCAGGCCUCCACCCCCACCCGGGAGCUGAUGGAGGACAGGGAGGCGCUGAGCUCCAGGAAGGUGCCGUGGGAGUGACAGCGGCCCCUCGUAGUCCCCGGGCUGGUGUUCAGAGACUAGAGAGGGAGGGAGAGAGCGGGGGAGAGAGAGAGACUGAGAGAGAGAGAGACUGAACACGAGCUGAUGCUUACCAGCUCCUCAGCCAAUCAGAGAGCAAAAGAAACAUCAUGCUACUUGCCUGGCUGGUGACCUCACUCCGCUUAGGGUUCUCCCUACAUUUUGCACAAAAAGACACACACACACACACACACACACACACACACACACACACACACACACACACACACACACACACACACACACACACACACACACACACACACACACACACACACACACACACACACACGCGCACGCACUCUUGGGGCAUUCCAAGGUAUUGGGAGAUCGGGGGGUCUUAUUCCCCCCCGGACUGAGACAAGCACAUGUCAUAGCAGGAGGUAUGAUUUACCCUAAGCGACGGCUGUACCACGAAAACACGAAACGUUGCCACAAUCCUCUACGCCAUGCCAUUCAAACCGAAGAUGCACUGUCGUCUGUCAUCUGCACUGCCGCACAAUCAAAGACAAAGCAAACCCCUUCCACCAGCACCACCCCCACCAUCAGCGUGGUCUUCCUCGUGAGAGCAAUAAUGUGCCACCACUCUUCAUCACUGACUUGGAUACGAAAACAAGCUUGCGGUGAUCCGACAAAGUGAUCCGAUGUUUCCAUGGAACCAGCUCACACACUGCCAACACCCACGCGUUACUUCGUACAAAACACUUGACGAUCUCAGGAGCUUACACUGCCUUCCAGAGCAACAGAGCACAGAUUUCUUCCAGCGUGGAAUCCACGCGUCUCGUACACUGAGGACAUGAGAACGGCAAGGAAAAAGUAAAGGGGGGAGGGAAAAGAGAAGAAAAGGGAAAAAUCCAGAAUGUUUAUUUUUCUUUCGUAUUUACUUGGGUGAUUAUGAUACUUGCAACACCCCAUAUAUUUCUGAGUUCCUGUUAGAAAGUUUCUUUUUUGAAUUCAUUCUGUUAAAGGUCAAGUCCAAGUGAUUUAAUUGUAUCUGUUACAAAAGUAAAACAUCCCAUUGCCGAUGAGCCGUGCGUGGCCGAAGCAGCUUUGAGCGUGUGUAAUCACGGCUCGAUAAGGGUUGAGUAAGUUGUACAUGACGAUCACUGUCUCUGGUCUAAGAUUCCUUCUCUUCCUUUACUCUUAACUCAGCAGCCUUUAGGUUACGCUCAACUAGGGCAACGGUACCUCCCUCUGUGACUCGUACGGCUCUGAUCCUCUAACCUUAACUCCUCAGCUCCACCAGAGCCAUCGAGUGUCUCGUUUAAUGAGAUUAAUGUGGCUGGGUGACGCCGCCGUAAUAAUCAAUGGAAGCGAUGCGGGUCUGCCAGUGUUUCCGUCCAAGCUUAAACAAGUUGCAACGCUUACAUUUUUGAUCGCGAACGGUAGUGACUGUCCAUUCGCCAUUUUUACGCAUGAAUUAUGACACUCUUUGUUUUUAUAAACCCGAACACUUUGCCCAUCUUAAAGUAAACGGUUCAUCAACACGCCUAGCAGAGCACAGUUAAUGGUGAGUUGACUGACGUUGAUGCUUUGCGGUACUUCCAGUAAUGCCCUUGUGGUACGGGGGUCAUUCGCAUGGUGAAAGCCAUGCAGAUAAGGCUGGGAUGGCCCGGUACGACCACAGUCCCGAGCAUCUUCAAAAGAGCCUUGCUCAAGUGUGCUUGGUAAAAGGUGCCUUAAUGUCUUCCCCAGAUUUGGAGAGAUGCGAUGUGUACGAUCCUGAAUGCAUACCACCUAAUUGUAUGCCGUCAAAUAAUACUUGCGUGUGUUUUAAAUGUCACAGCAAAAAGACAGUGUUAAUAAUAAUUAAGCGUCGAUGUUUGUCGGUUUAUGUUUUGUUUUUUUUACACCCAACUUUGCACUAAUGUAAACAAUUUCUGUACCUUUUUGUUUAUAUUGUUUUUGUAUUUUUGUGAAACUUCUUCUACUGACAUGGUUGAUUUGUAGAAAGCCUGUCGCCACUCCUCUGCCUUCAAUACACUUGUGGAAGGCCUACCACAGGCCAUGGCGGUAGUCCGUGCCUGUGGAUCACAGGGGCGUUGUACUGUAGCUGGACACAUGGAGGCUUUUCCAUGACUGAAUGCGUGGGCCGAAGGGGGACAUGAGUCAGAUCCCACAACCUCGGUUGGCCCGGGUGUUUCCAGUGAAACAGAGUCUCUGUGUUCCAGGAGGUCUAACACAGCGCCGUGAACAGAGACGGAGUGAGAGAGCGACUACACGUCCAGGUGACGCUCUGUCUGCUUUAGGACGAUUCACCCACUGUGAUUGGCCAGCGCACAUGCACUUAUUCUUCUGCUCGUGUUAAUGCCUUUUUUCACGAGGAUGGGCGUGGCCUUUUUCCUGGCGUACCUGGCAUACUUUCCUCAAUGUUUCGGAGUGUGUCAAAGAGUGUCGGGUGCUACGUUUUCUAGGUACUUGGUGCCACUCAAGUGGUAUACAAAAGCCUGUUCUGGUCAACACAAUGUAAAUUGUAUCCAUAAGAUAGUGUAAAUUUCGUUCCUGUUUUAUCUACAGUACUGUACUGAUUAAUAAAACCUUAGUCUAACUGUAUGUGAACCAUAGACGGACCUAUAGUGAGAAUUAUACCCUGGCUUUGUCGGGACCAACAUAUUUCCGGUUUAAAAAGACGAAGAUAGAAAUAUUUUUUAUGAAGUGUACAUCGGCCCUCAAGAAAAGAAAAGCUUACGUGAUAACAUAAAAAGUUACAUUCUUCUAUUCAUCCUCCGCUACUAUCCUCAGUGUCCUACUUUAUUGACAGAAAUCAAUUACAACUUGUAAAAACUAAAUGUACAAAGUGCCUUUUACAGAGUGACUAUUUUGUAGUACGGCAGUUUGGGUGAACCAGUAUCCUACUCCAGGUUUUGCGUACAAGUAUGCAGACCUGGAAGCAGAGUGUACUAUGAUGGCCAAUGAUGUCACUGCCUUGAUUUGUAAACAGAUUUCCUUUUUAUACCUACAGUAUUUUGUAUACAAAAUAAAUGUGUUUGUUCCUGUAA